AAACAAUUCUGCAAAAAUAAUCGUACUCAGCCUGGCAAUUGUCUGCCCGUAGGUCUGUGGCUCCGCCGCCGUCCACACUCUCUGCAAGGGGCGGGGGGCACAGAAUUUACCGCGGCGAGAACAUCCCUCCCGGCCCGCAGAUUACAAUGCUGCAAACUAAGGAUCUCAUCUGGACUUUGUUUUUCCUGGGAACUGCAGUUUCUCUGCAGGUGGAUAUUGUCCCCAGCCAAGGAGAAAUCAGCGUUGGAGAAUCCAAAUUCUUCCUAUGCCAAGUGGCAGGAGAUGCCAAAGAUAAAGACAUCUCCUGGUUCUCCCCCAAUGGAGAGAAGCUCACUCCAAACCAACAACGGAUCUCCGUGGUGUGGAAUGAUGACUCUUCCUCCACGCUCACCAUCUACAAUGCCAACAUUGACGAUGCCGGCAUUUACAAGUGUGUGGUCACUGGCGAGGAUGGCAGCGAGUCAGAGGCCACGGUCAACGUGAAGAUCUUCCAGAAGCUCAUGUUCAAGAAUGCACCAACCCCACAAGAGUUCAGGGAGGGGGAAGAUGCCGUGAUUGUGUGUGAUGUGGUCAGCUCUCUCCCACCGACCAUCAUCUGGAAACACAAAGGCCGAGAUGUCAUCCUGACUAAAGACGUCCGAUUCAUAGUCCUGUCCAACAACUACCUGCAGAUCCGGGACAUCAAGAAAACAGAUGAGGGCACUUAUCGCUGCGAGGGCAGGAUCCUGGCACGGGGAGAGAUCAACUUCAAGGACAUUCAGGUCACUGUGAACGUGCCACCCACCGUCCAGGCCAGGCAGAGCAUAGUGAAUGCCACCGCCAACCUCGGCCAGUCCGUCACCCUGGUGUGCGAUGCCAAAGGCUUCCCAGAGCCCACCAUGAGCUGGACAAAGGAGGGGGAACAGAUAGAGAACAAGGAAGACGAGAAAUACAUCUUCAGCGAUGACAGUUCUGAGCUGACCAUCAGGAAGGUGGAUAAGAACGAUGAGGCGGAGUACGUGUGCAUCGCCGAGAAUAAGGCUGGAGAGCAGGAUGCGUCCAUCCACCUCAAGGUCUUUGCAAAGCCCAAAAUCACUUAUGUAGAGAACCAGACCGCCAUGGAGCUGGAGGAACAAGUCACUCUGACCUGUGAAGCCUCAGGAGACCCCAUCCCCACUAUCACCUGGAGGACAUCUACCCGAAACAUCAGCAGUGAAGAAAAGGCUUCGUGGACUCGACCAGAGAAGCAAGAGACUCUGGACGGGCACAUAGUGGUGCGUAGCCAUGCCCGCGUGUCAUCCCUGACCCUGAAGAGCAUCCAGUACACAGACGCCGGAGAAUAUAUUUGCACCGCCAGCAACACCAUCGGCCAGGACUCCCAGUCCAUGUAUCUGGAAGUGCAAUAUGCCCCCAAGCUGCAGGGCCCCGUGGCUGUGUACACUUGGGAGGGGAACCAGGUGAACAUCACAUGCGAGGUGUUUGCCUACCCCAGUGCCACAAUCUCGUGGUUUCGAGAUGGUCAGCUGCUGCCAAGCUCCAACUACAGCAAUAUCAAGAUCUACAACACCCCCUCCGCCAGCUAUUUGGAGGUGACCCCAGACUCUGAAAAUGAUUUUGGAAACUACAACUGUACUGCAGUGAACCGCAUUGGACAGGAGUCUUUGGAAUUCAUCCUUGUCCAAGCAGACACCCCGUCUUCACCAUCCAUCGACCAGGUGGAGCCGUACUCUAGCACAGCACAGGUGCAGUUUGAUGAACCAGAGGCCACAGGUGGGGUGCCCAUCCUCAAAUACAAGGCUGAGUGGAGAGCACUGGGCGAGGAAGUGUGGCAUUUCAAGUGGUAUGAUGCCAAAGAAGCCAACAUGGAGGGCAUCGUCACCAUUGUGGGCCUGAAGCCCGAGACCACAUACGCUGUGCGGCUGGCGGCCCUGAAUGGCAAGGGCCUGGGUGAGAUCAGCACGGCCUCCGAGUUCAAGACACAGCCAGUCCGGGAACCCAGCGCACCUAAGCUCGAAGGGCAGAUGGGCGAGGAUGGAAACUCUAUUAAGGUGAACCUCAUCAAGCAGGAUGACGGCGGCUCCCCCAUCAGACACUACCUGGUCAAGUACCGAGCGAAGCUGUCCUCGGAGUGGAAACCAGAGAUUCGGCUCCCGUCUGGCAGUGACCACGUCAUGCUCAAGUCCCUGGACUGGAAUGCAGAGUAUGAGGUCUACGUGGUAGCCGAGAACCAGCAGGGGAAGUCCAAGGCGGCUCAUUUUGUGUUCAGGACCUCAGCCCAGCCCACAGCCAUCCCAGCCAACGGCAGCCCUACAUCAGGCCUGAGCACUGGGGCCAUCGUGGGGAUCCUCAUUGUCAUCUUUGUCCUGCUCCUGGUGGUCGUGGACAUCACCUGCUACUUCCUGAACAAGUGUGGCCUGCUCAUGUGCAUCGCUGUCAACCUAUGUGGAAAGGCCGGGCCCGGAGCCAAGGGCAAGGACAUGGAGGAAGGCAAAGCCGCCUUCUCGAAAGAUGAGUCCAAGGAGCCCAUCGUGGAGGUGCGGACUGAGGAGGAGCGGACCCCAAACCAUGAUGGAGGGAAGCAUACGGAGCCCAAUGAGACCACGCCGCUGACAGAGCCCGAGAAGGGCCCAGUAGAAGCAAAGUCGGAGUGCCAGGAGACAGAAACGAAGCCAGCGCCAGCCGAAGUCAAGACGGUCCCCAACGACGCCACACAAACAAAGGAGAAUGAGAGCAAAGCAUGAUGGGUGACAAGAAAUGAGCAGAUCAAAGUAAAAAGUGACACCACAGCUUCACCAGAGCAUUCCCAAUAUCUCACAUGUGCACACACACACACACACACAUCUCAUUCCUCUAGUGUCUUUUGCCUUUAAAAGAAAAAAAAAGCUAAACAGAUAAACAUGGGAUCUCCUUUUUGUAGGUUUAUAGAAAGGGUUCCUUUGCUGCGCGCACUCACUUGUAAGAAAACGAGACAAAAAGGUUAAACCCACAGCCAAACUAGGACACUCUGUUCCCUGAAACCAUUUAAGAAUCAAACAAAAGGACCCCAAAUUAAGAAUCUAGGAAGCUCAGAAAAAAAAAAAUCUAGGUUCAGGAAGACCGCACUUGGUGUUGCCCAAUUGGCACAGACCAGUUUCAGAGAAAUACUUCCAGAUACUAAGACUAACGAAUGAACAAAGUCCGAGUUUAUUUUUAUACUUUGAGUCGAGUUUGAACUCUGUAAAGCCCCAUAAAUAAGUUAUAAUUUCUGUUCACUUUGUAUUUGUUCAGUAUGCAAAGUGUGUCACCCUUGCUAGCUGAAUUCAAUUCCCACGUAGACUCUUGUUUUGUAGGAAGAAUGCCAAAUUGCAGCUUCUGGGGGUAGAUCUCAGUUUGCAAUAUUCUGAUUUCUUUUUUUCUCUCCUUUCCUUUCUCAUUCUUUUCUUUCCCCCUUUCUGCCAACUUUGUUUUCCAAUGUUUACAAGUUGACAAAUGUUUGACUUUGGUUGUGUUUAAAUGUCCGUGUAAAAUAGCUGCCUUCUUUUUUUUGUUGUUGUUUUUGUUUUGUUUUGUUUUGUUUUGUUUUUUAAGUUACAAACACUGCCUAGAGGCGGGUAGGGUCAUCACAGGCUUGCUUUUGCACGGGACAACUUUACAAAAUAUGAUUGUUUACAGUGGCUCUUCCCCCCCCCCCUCCCAACUCCCUCCCCUCUCUGAUUUGAAAUUUUUGCCUGUGUGCAGCUCAGGUGAAAAUCCAUCUCGUUCUGGAGUGGUUUUGUUUUUGUUUUUUUGGUUCUCGGUCCUUUUUGUAUCUCCUGGGGGGUUAGACCACUUUCUGAUUAGCCACCACCUGCCUGUAUCUGUGAAAAAGGGUCUACCCCCCAACAGGCAUCUGAGUCCUUCCUUUUGAAGGACUCUUUAGGCUUUGUUGAAUGAAGCAGAGAAGAUUGUAUAGUUGGGGCUGGUCUUGGUGAACACACAUUUUUACCCCAAACAUCCCCUUUUUGUAGAAAGCCAAAUAAAAUAUAUACGUACAAUUUCUUUUUGAGCUCAGAAUCUAGAUUUGAGCGGAAGAGCAUGUGUGCUUCAGGGAAUUAGUGUCUUUUUUUGGAAAUCUGUUGAAGUAAAGUAACAUCGGCCUUCUGUUCACUUAGGCAGCAUUUAUAGAAACAAAAGAGAGAGAGAAAAAAAAAAACCAACCUGCUGUCUGGAGUCAUAACACAACUUUCCUGGAUUGGAAACCAAGUGGGGAAAAAAAAAUACAGAAACUUUAAGGGGGAUGGGAGGGGGGAGAAGGGAAAAGCCAGCCCUUUGUAUAGAAAUUUUGCUUUUUUUUCUCAUUCUACUUUAGAACUGCAAGCUUGUGCACUGUGGAUGCGUGAAUAUUUUAGUGUGAAACGUGUUUUUGUCAUAGUAUUGAAAUAAAACUUCAACAUAGUUUGGUUGUGGAAGGUAUAGCAGAUAGUUCAGAAAAAAAUAUUCAGGAAACAAAAAAAAUAAUAACUCUUAAAAGGAAUUGAAGCCUUUAAACAAAGAAAAUGAAAGAAAAGUGAUGAUGAUGAUGAUGAAGAAGAUGAAGAUAACGCUAAGGAAACAGAAAUUCAGCCCUCCGGCAUGCAUUCCUUUCCCAAGGUACAAAACAGCAAGAGGUGAGGGUGGCAAGACUGCCCCGAGUCUGUCCUGUGGGCUGCGCUCCCCAAUGUUCUGACACUUCUGCAGUCUGAUCAAUGGCGAUACGCUAAGAUUAUAAUUUCAAACUGUGAAAAAUAAUGGUCUUGUCAUUUGCUAAAUGUGGGGUUAUUUUGCAUUUUCUCAGCUCCUGGGGAUGGAAAUGGAGGAUCCAGUGUACCCAGCUCUGGCCCCUUUGAUUCUAGGGCUUGCACAAAUCUGUGGUUCAAAUGCACAGGCCCUCAGGCAUGAGUAACGCGCAGACAGUUCUUUGAGCACACAGCAGAAUGGGAGCUCCUGGGUGUCUGAGGCGGGAGGACCCAGCAGGGCCUGGUGGGCUCGUCCCACCUGCUGGGUCAUCUGGUGGAAUCAGUGGCUCAUCUUCUGAUGUUAAUGGCGUUGACGACCUCAGCCAAGCCCACGCUAUACUUCACCAAGACUGCAUCUCAUGCCAAGUGGUUGUGGCCAGGCACAAUGACUUUGGUUCCAAUGGUUAGGAAGAGAAAGAGGUAUAGCCGACCCUCAAGCAACCUGGCCCAGGGCAGCUGACGCCCCCCCAGCCCACCCAGAACCCUGGCUCCGCCACUAGCUGGCACCCAAGACUCUGCCCACCUUUUGGCUUUUGGUCUGCCUCUCUUUCAUUAUACAUAGAUUUGUCUCCGCACGCAUGAGGUUUCCUUUCUUUAAAAAAAAAAAAAAAGAAAAGAAAAGAAAAGAAAAAGAAAAAAAAAAGAAAAAACAAACAAAACAAAACAAAAAAAAAACAGAGCAAUGCUUUCUCUAAAAUCAAAGAGAGAGUCACUUUAUUUUCAAGAUGUUCUAUCUUUUAUGUUAAGAGAUAAAAGCUUAUAGUUUUCCUUUUUUAAUUUUUUUGAAGGCGGGAUCAACUCUACCAGUCUCCAAUGUCUAUGUGUCUAUAUGUGUAUGUGCCAUACAUAUGUAUUCACAUAAUUAGCGGCAUGGCCAAGUUCUGCUGGAGGGGCACCCCCGGUGCCGCGCGCGGGGUCUCUGAAUCCUGGGGGGCCGUAGUGCACAUAGUACAGCUUCUGAAGUGGGACUGUUUUCACACUUUUCUAUGGAGCCCUUCCACGUCCCAGGCUUUCACUCGAGGCUGUCUGUCUGGAUGGUGGUUUUCAGACCUCCAUUAACAUCCCUACCCAGCAUUCCGUACUUUGGGGGCCUUCUCUCUUGUUAUAAACUUUUUACCAAGUGAAACAUCAAUACCACCUUUGUUUCCAUUCUCACUGGUGUAAAUACUGAGUACUAACUGAGAAUUUUGACUUUGCAUUCUGUCAGAAUACUUGUGUUCAAUAAAAAUUGAAAGAAAAAAA